GUUUGAAUAUGCUGAAACGCGCCCGCCCUAUCACUCCGCCGCCGCCACCUGAAGAGCCACUAAUACCAUCCUCAUCCGACUAUUCCCAGCGCGACAUGAAACGGCGCAGAACAGCAGCACCCAGCUUGGACGGACCGUCUCGUGGGUGGGCACCACUAGAUGCAGACUCUGGCGACGAAGACGAUGAGGUGGAUGAAUGGCAGUUGGAUGACAAUGACGGUCGCACUGCUGAGUAUUCGCGGGAGACCUCUGAGCGAUACAGGGCGUCCAACACGUUACUUCACGACUUGCAUGCGGAAUAUCAGCAUAGGUUAUUGUUUAUGCCGUCGCCAUCCCAGCACUCCAGAAGUGAUAUGCAAUCAUAUCCACCGCACCCUUCUAUUACCAGCUGCCCAGCCAAACAAGAUGUACUGCGAUUGUCCGACAGGCCUAUCAUGGUCGAACGCAACGGACAUCUGCAUCGGCAUACAAAUCUAGAUAUACAAGGAGAAAAGGAGGGUAUAGACACGGCAGAAGGACUUCGGGUGAAAGAGAGAUACGAGGAGAGCAACAGACUGCUGCGAUCAUUAGUUCUCAGCAGAAGACGAGAGUCGACGGAAGGUACCUGAAGCCACAAUUCAUAAUGAAUGGGGUAGAGUUAUCAUAAUACGAUCUGCUAUAUUUAUGGGCGAUAAUAUGCGCCGUCCUCGCAUUUUUUUCUCGAGUUCGCAUUUCCAUCGGCAUCCUCGCGCAACUUCAACUUUCACAUCAUCAUCAUCAUUGCUCUGCAUCAUGCCCAGUAUUAUGUAUCAGUUUAGGCCGCUUUCUUCUCUCUUCUUCCCAGACUCUGUAUCGUUCUUUGCAGAAUGAGUAAUAAUGCCUUCCAAGAUGCACGUGGAUCAGCAUCAUCA